UUUAUACGCAUUUCCGCCCACUUGCUACUUCCUUUCUUUUCGGCGGCGCGCGGCGGCAAGAUGGCGGUGCAGAUUUCCAAGAAGAGGAAGUUUGUCGCUGAUGGCAUAUUCAAAGCUGAACUGAACGAGUUUCUCACUCGGGAGCUGGCUGAAGAUGGGUACUCUGGAGUUGAGGUCCGAGUUACACCAACCAGGACAGAAAUCAUUAUCUUGGCCACCAGGACGCAGAAUGUUCUAGGUGAGAAGGGCAGGAGAAUCCGGGAAUUGACUGCUGUGGUUCAGAAGAGAUUUGGCUUCCCUGAGGGCAGUGUAGAGCUUUACGCUGAAAAGGUGGCCACAAGAGGUCUGUGCGCCAUUGCCCAGGCAGAGUCUCUGCGUUACAAACUCCUAGGAGGCCUUGCUGUGCGGAGGGCCUGCUAUGGUGUGCUGCGGUUCAUCAUGGAGAGUGGGGCCAAAGGCUGCGAAGUCGUGGUGUCUGGGAAACUCCGAGGACAGAGGGCUAAAUCCAUGAAGUUUGUGGAUGGCCUGAUGAUCCACAGUGGGGACCCUGUUAACUACUAUGUUGACACUGCUGUGCGCCACGUGCUGCUCAGACAGGGUGUGCUGGGCAUCAAGGUAAAGAUCAUGCUGCCUUGGGACCCAACUGGUAAGAUUGGCCCUAAGAAGCCCCUGCCUGAUCACGUGAGCAUUGUGGAACCCAAAGAUGAAAUACUGCCCACAACCCCCAUCUCUGAACAGAAGGGUGGGAAGCCAGAGCCGCCUGCCAUGCCCCAGCCGGUACCCACAGCAUAAUAGGGUCUCCUUGGCUGCUGGAUCUGGAGUCUGGAUGUUGCUCUAUAAAGACCCGUAAUAAAAUCUUUUUAAAAGAUA